AAAGUUUUGUUUGGUUCCUAUCGCACUUUCACCAGAUAUCGUGGCUCUAAAACCUUAUCCUCGCCAUGAUCAAAGCGAUUCUGGUUUUCAACAACCAUGGGAAACCUCGACUAUCCAAGUUCUACCAAUAUUUCAACGAAGAUAUGCAACAGCAGAUCAUAAAGGAAACCUUCCAGCUGGUGUCGAAGCGGGAUGAUAAUGUGUGCAAUUUUCUCGAAGGCGGCAGCUUAAUCGGUGGCUCAGACUACAAGCUGAUUUACCGGCACUACGCGACGCUAUACUUUGUGUUUUGCGUCGACUCCUCCGAGAGCGAGUUGGGCAUACUGGACCUGAUUCAGGUGUUUGUCGAGACGCUGGACAAGUGCUUUGAGAAUGUGUGCGAGUUGGACUUGAUUUUCCAUGCCGAUUCCGUGCACCACAUACUGUCCGAGCUGGUUAUGGGCGGCAUGGUGCUGCAGACGAAUAUGUCCGAUAUUUUGGCCCGCAUCGAGGAGCAGAAUAAGCUGCAGAAACAGGAAGCGGGCAUUUCGGCGGCCCCGGCCAGGGCGGUCAGUGCGGUGAAAAGUAUGAAUCUCCCCCAGCAGAUCAAGGACAUCAAGCUGCCCGAUCUGCCCCAGGCAAUCAAGGAUCUGAAGUUCUGACCAAACCACAACCUCGACGCGUCGUUGCUUACCAAACUAGCGGCCGACUCCUCGUACAUUCCCAUUAGCAGCAGUCUGGAGGGGUUCAACUUUGGCGACUGCCAUCACCAGUCGGAACAUGUGGGGGGCUCGGCAAACGAUCGUGAGGCAGCAGCAUCGUCCCGGAGACACCUGCCCCGACGGUCGUCCGUGGCGCCCACUCGCUCUUCCAGUCUGCUGCCGAGCGCAGAGCUGAGCGACUGAGCAAAGAAAUCCUUCUACAAAUGGCCUCCCAAUGAAGGAGUGGCCGUUUUUUUCCUUGGUGCUUUCCUUCCCUUUCCUUUCCUUUCCUUUGCUGUUAGGUUUAGUGGCUACCGUAUUAUUAUCCG